AUGGCUAGUGAUAAACAAUAUAUAGUUAUAGGAGCUAUAGCGGGAUUUUUGUUGUGUUUAUUUACUAUGUAGACAAUUCAUAAUUUUAAUAUGAAUUCUGAAAAAGUAAAAAAAGUAGAUCCUAAAGCAUUAGCUUUUUAGAAAUAUUUUUCAGCUGUGAUACCAGAUGAGUGGGGUGGCGGUAAAGUAGACCCAUAUACUUAUAAUAUAAAUGAUCCUGAUCUAACUGAAGAAGAAAUCGCAAAAAAGAAAUAAGAAGAAGAUUAGGAAACAAAAAACAAGGGAGUGAAGAAAAUAAAUGAAUAUGAAAAGCAUUACAAUAUUACAAGAACUGAAUUAGGAAACUGUGGAUGGAUGGUCUUACAUAUGAUUUCUGCUACUUAUCCUCUAGAAGUUAAUGAAGAAUUUGUUGAAAAGACCAAUCUAUUCUUAAAUUUAUUUGGUUAGUUCUAUCCUUGUAAAGAAUGUUCAGGACAUUUCUUAAAAAUGACAAGUAAAUAAUAAUUUACUGGACGUACUAGAUAAGAUUUUAUGGAGUACUUAUGCGAUUUACAUAAUUAAGUAAACUUAAGACUGGGGAAAAAAAUAUAUGAUUGCAAAACAUAUCCUAUGGAAAAAUGGGGAGGAAAUUGUGGAUGCUAAUCUGGAUCUGGUCCAGUAAAUGAAGAAGGAAAAUAGUGA